AUGGGUCUUGGACUGGCAAGCUCGGACGCCUCAGCGGCAAUUCACGUUCCACCACCACAUCGUCAUCACCAUAGAGAAUCCCACGAACCUCGAAACCUCUCUAUCGACAGGGAGAUCGGUGCUGCUCUUCCUCGUCCCGAUGUUGAACCUACAAAUACAACCAAUCCGUUGGUUGGGAAGUCUUUUGCUCAUUUUAUCGCUGGAGGGGCUGGAGGAAUGAGUGCUGCGAUUGUUACAUCGCCAUUGGAUGUAUUGAAGACAAGGUUACAAGGAGACUUCUAUAGAAGCCGAAUUGCUGCCAGAAAUGCCGCUUUGACUGGACACGAAAGUGCUGUCAGUAUGGGACUACGGCAUUUCAAGGAAACAUUUCAGUUAUUAAAUGAGGUUUACAAGCUCGAGGGCUGGAGAGCUCUUUUCAAAGGAUUGGGGCCAAAUUUGAUCGGUGUCGUUCCAGCACGAUCAAUAAAUUUCUGGACAUACGGAAACGGCAAGCGGAUCCUCGCCGACAACUUCAACAAUGGCCAGGAAUCGACCGGCGUCCACCUCACCGCUGCCAUCAUCGCUGGCCUCGUAACCGGCACCGCUACGAAUCCCAUCUGGCUCGUCAAAACUCGUUUGCAACUAGACAAGGACACUGCUCUCGCAAAAACCGGUUCGACUUAUUCGAGACAAUACAAAAACUCAUGGGACUGUAUCAGGCAAACCGUCCGACAUGAGGGUAUUCGCGGAUUAUACAAAGGUUUAAGCGCAAGCUACCUUGGUGUUACUGAGUCGACGUUACAAUGGGUACUCUACGAAAGAAUGAAGCUCGCUCUUACGCAUCGUGAGGAGCGAAGGAUAGCCGCUGGAUUGGAGGAGGAUUUGGCGGACAUCACGCUUAGUUAUGUUGGGAGGGGCGGUGCGGCCGGUCUGGCGAAGUUGAUCGCUACGGCCGUGACGUACCCACACGAAGUAGUAAGGACAAGGUUGCGUCAAGCACCUAUGAGCGAUGGCAAACCGAAGUACACAGGAUUGGUACAGUGCUUCAAAUUGGUAUUGAAGGAGGAAGGAAUGGCAUCAAUGUAUGGCGGUUUGACAAGCCAUGUUUUGAAGGUGGUUCCUAGUUCGAUGAUUAUGUUCGGAAUGUAUGAAAUCAUACUCCGAAUGUUAGGCACAGAUUCCAAUCUCUCGAAAGCUUAG